GGUGCGCUCAAACACAGCUGCACUUGUUAAAUCACACACACACACACACAAACACACACACUUCUGUCACCCUGUCUGGGGUAGAUCGAGGGCACCAUCAGAAGUCAGCUUGUUCUUGUGGGAAUACCGACCACGUCACAACUGAUAUAUACGAGACCUUACCUAAUUGAUGCACGAGUUUCUACGAGUGUGUGUGUUUUGUUUGUUUGUUUGUUUUUUAUAACUGACCCCAGGUCUGCUCGGACUCACCGCGCGCUGACCAGUAGAGCCACAAUAACUUCGAAAACUUGGUUCACGCGGUCUCAAAGGACUUCAGCUGAAGCUGCGAUGGAGCGCCCGCAGUGCUGUUAUGUUCUCUCUCUGAUGCUGAUGUUCAUUGUUCAUUAUUCCCUGAGCAUGGAGAGAAAAAAGGAUAUUCUAGCAGAAAAACUACUUGUACUUACUGUUGCCACACAAGAAACAGAUGGCUUCCUUCGCUUCAUGCAGUCAGCAAACUACUUCAACUAUACUGUGAAGGUGCUGGGGAUGGGUGAGGAGUGGAAGGGAGGUGAUGUGGGUCGGUCCAUCGGUGGAGGCCAGAAGGUUCGACUACUGAAAGAGGCCAUGAAGGGACUGGCUGACCAAGAAGACCUGGUGGUCCUUUCUGUAGACAGUUAUGACCUCAUUUUUGCUGGUGGACCUGAGGAGAUUCUAAGAAAGUUCCACCAGAUGAACCAUAAGGUGGUGUUCGCUGCAGAUGGCAUUAUCUGGCCAGAUACGCGACUGGAAGAGAAGUACCCCUCCGUCCGCAAUGGGAAACGUUUCCUUAACUCUGGAGGCUUUAUUGGCAAUGCUCCAUACAUACACACGAUUGUGAACCAGUGGGACCUUCAUGACAAUGAUGACGAUCAGCUAUUCUACACAAAGAUCUACUUGGAUCCACUUCAGAGGGAAAGGCUUAAUAUGACCUUGGACCACAAAUGUGAGAUUUUCCAAAAUUUGAAUGGAGCAGUAGAUGAAGUUCUUCUGAAGUUUGGGACAGAGCGGGUGCGAGUGAGGAACACAGUCUUCAACAGUCUUCCGACAGUAAUCCACGGAAAUGUGAACACUAAGAUAUACUUGAAUUACUUGGCCAACUACAUUCCCAAUGUGUGGAACUAUGAGCGCGGCUGUCCCAUCUGUGACCAAGACAUGGUGGAUUUGUCUCAGCUUAAAGAAUAUCCACGAGUAACUGUUGGUGUAUAUAUCGAGCAGCCGACCCCAUUCCUGCCUGAGUUCCUUGAGCGGCUUCGGACUCUAGAUUAUCCCAAAGAUAAACUGGCCAUCUUUGUUCACAACAGUGAGGUUUACCAUGAGAAGCACAUCCAGAAGUUCUGGGAAGAGAACAAGGAUGUAUUCCGCAGUUUUAAGGUUGUUGGCCCAGAAGAGAACUUGAGUCAAGGAGAAGCACGUAACAUGGGCAUGGAUUUGUGUCGGAAGGAUCUUUCAUGUGAAUAUUACUUCAGCAUUGAUGCAGAUGUAAUGCUCACUAAUCGACAGACCCUGAAACUCCUCAUCGAGCAAAACAGAAAAAUUAUUGCCCCUUUGGUCACCCGUCAUGGAAAACUGUGGUCCAACUUUUGGGGAGCCCUGAGUUUGGAUGGUUAUUACGCAAGAUCUGAGGACUACAUCGACAUUGUGCAGGGGAAGCGAGUUGGUGUGUGGAACAUCCCCUUCAUUGCCCACAUCUACCUGAUCAAGGGCCAUGCUCUGAGAAAUGAACUGAGAGAGAGGAAUGUCUUUGUCUUGGAGAAGCUGGACCCUGACAUGGCCAUGUGCAGGAAUGCCAGAGAGCUGACAGUACAAAGAGAAAGAGAAUCUCCCUCCCCGGAAUCAUUCCAUAUGCUCAGACCUCCAAAGGGAGUUUUCAUGUACAUAACAAAUCGUCAUGAAUUUGGAAGGCUAAUAUCGACUGCCAACUAUAACACGUCUCAUUAUAACAAUGACCUUUGGCAAAUAUUUGAAAAUCCUCUGGACUGGAAAGAGAAAUACAUCCACCCAAACUACACACGGAUUUUCACAGAAAACCUCUUAGAGCAGCCAUGCACAGAUGUUUUCUGGUUCCCUGUGUUCUCGGAAAAAGCCUGUGAUGAGUUGGUGGAGGAGAUGGAAAACUAUGGGACAUGGUCUGGUGGAAGACACGAGGACAGGCGUAUCACUGGAGGGUAUGAGAGUGUCCCAACAGAUGACAUUCAUAUGAAACAGAUCGAUUAUGAUAAGGAAUGGCUUCACUUUAUCAGAGAAUUCAUCUCCCCUGUCACUCUCAAGGUCUUCUCCGGCUAUUACACCAAAGGCUAUGCGAUUAUGAACUUUGUGGUGAAGUACACCCCAGACCGACAAGCCUAUUUACGACCACAUCACGAUUCCUCAACAUUUACCAUUAAUAUUGCCCUCAACAACAAGGGCAUGGACUUCCAGGGUGGAGGGUGUCGAUUCCACAGAUAUAACUGUUCCAUAGAGUCUCCUAGAAAAGGCUGGAGCUUCAUGCAUCCAGGUAGACUCACCCACCUUCAUGAAGGACUACCUACCACCAGCGGCACACGCUACAUAGCAGUGUCCUUCAUAGAUCCAUAGAUGCUCCCGACAGUUCUAGGAAUUCUAGACGAGGAAUUCACUGGCCUUCAUAUGUUUGUGUAGUCUAAUCUGUUUGGUUGUCUGUUUGUUUUUGCUGAUUUAUUCUUGGUUCAUGUGUUGUGUGACUGUUUGUGUUUGCUCUAAACAUUUACUACUGUCGAGAAAGAAGAAGAAAUGCUGUUCAACACAAGUUUAAUAAAGGUUUCUAAGUUGGUGCGCACGCACACACACACACACACACACACACAAACUUUCAUACAUAUAAACCUUGUUUCAGUUUCAAUAUUACAUUACAAGAGAUAUUUGACUGUAAUUUUUCUACUGCAAUAUUGGUAACAUCAGGUGAGGUCAGUAACUCUUUAUUUUAACAGGUUUGGUUCAGGGUGUUUAGCGUUAGGGUCUAAGUAAGUAUAAUUUUACUUGGUUACUUUCAUUUUAGAUUGGUAAGGAGGACCUCAUUGUGUGCUCAGGUGAGCUUAAUGUACUGUACAAGAGGGCUGCAACUAACGAUUAUUUUGAUAAUUGAUAAAUCUAACAAUUAUUAGAACGAUUAUUCGACUAAUCGGCGAUUAUUGCAACGGUUAAUCAUUAGCUCUUAACAGAUUAUUCAUCUUGUUCCCCAACUUAAAAGGUUGUAUUAAACGUGCUUACUAACAAUAAAGAGGACUAAAUAAUUUUUUUAAAAUACCUCUAAAUGACAUUCACUGAAUUAAAGGGAAAAAAAUACUUUUAAUUCAGUAAAUAAAUUCACAAAAAUAAUCCUAUUGUUAUCAAGUGUUUUUGUCUUGUUUUCCAUUUAAAAUUGUCUAAAAAUCCUUAAAAAAGAUACAUUUACUUGAAAAGUAACAUAUAAGAUAUUUAGACUUGCUUUAAGAGAAUGUCUCUUAAAUAUAAGUGUAUUUUGUAUAUAAGUGUAUUUUUUCACUUGGUUAUACUUCUGCGAGUAAUAUACUUAUAUUCAAGAUCUAUUCUCUAAAAACAAGUCUAAAUAUUUUAUAUGCUGCUUCUCAGGUGAAAUAUAUCUUUUUUAAAGGAUUUUUAGAUAUUUUCAAUAUUAUAUUCAACAUUCUUAGAUAAUUUUUUUUUUCUGCAGUAUAGCUGCUAAAGUAAAUGUACGCUGUUUUAAAGGAGUUUUAGAUAUUUAUUUUGCAAACAAGCCAAAACAAAAACAAAUCAAAAACUUAUUUUGUUUCAGUGUAUAAUGGGGAGAAGACUACCCUCUCUCACCUUUCUGUUCACUUCAAUCCAUCUUUAACUCACAAAAAAACAAACUCUCUCUUAGAAAUAAAGCUGUGUGUUGCCAGUUUUCUUCACGAUAAGAAACGCACAGUGACAUAUAUUAUGAUUCAAUAAGUCGCGAGCCAUCACGUUAUAAUCUAGCUGCGGCAAGCACGCGCUUGAGGGAUGAGCGUCCCCGUGACAGAGUGUGCAUCAGCCGGAUGCAGUUUCAAUCUCUCCCCCUUAGAUCGGGACAUUUGCACAACUCAUAGAAGAGGCGCUGACCGCACAGAGAAAUGAGAGUUUGUAGUUAUUUACAUGA